GCACAUUUAUAAUCUUCUUACAUGAUCGCAUUCGUUGGUGAUAUUGGUAGAGUUUUUACGUAAUAAUGUUGAGUUUUACAUGUGAUUCUUGUUUCAUUAGUUCAAUAUAAGGAGUUUGUGUAGAAGUAUAUGCUAGACCAUGUUCAGGCGCGUGUCGUUUAUAUUUUCACUCCUACUAGUGGUAAAUUCCACAAUAUGUAUAGCUUUCUUUUUUUCGUUAAAACCUGCGGAAUACACAGAGAUGGAAAAGAAGGUCAAAAGGACAAAUCCCAAAUACGUUCCUACUCAUUCGGAUGUAGAAACUUGUAUAAUGAAUAAUUGGUGGGACCUUGCGAAAAAAAUUGUUAUUCUUUCUCAUGAACAAGAUAUCGAUCUAUCAUCGACUGUACAUUCAACCGUAGAAAAGAUUCAAAGAGAUUCCAAGGAACUCGUAAAUCUACUUAACAAGCAAUACAACGAACUGGAUAUUGUAAAUGCUGCUUUACAAUGGGCUGAAUCACCUAAUGAAAUAUUUCUUAGCAUUAAAUUUUCAGCAAGAUGGAGCAGCCCCGGGGCGUUGCAAGUGGAAAACGAAAAACUAGAUGUAAAUGAGGAUAAAUUAGAGUAUAGUGGAAUAGGAAUGCAUUCGGGAAAAAGAAAGAAAUACCAAGUAAAACUCCAUCUAUUUGGAAAUGUUAUAGGAUCGCAUACCAAAGUUACUCCAGUAUCCAUGGGACGCUUCUCAAUCACACUUAAAAAGGCGGUACCAGGAGUAUGGAAUUAUCUGAACAAGUCGACGGAAAAGCUUCCAAACCAACAAAUUUGGUGGGAAAUGAAAGAAAAAUACCAAGAGGAAUGUGAAAAUUUUGAAGUGCCUGGAGAGUUAUAA